AUGUCGGUCGGUUUGUCCUCGGCUCGCGUUCUGGGAAUCCCAGAGCUUCUGGCGCAUAUCUUCUUAUUGUCGAGUCGCCAGGCAAAUACAGUGUACGCUCGCGUUUGCAAAGAAUGGUCAGACGUCGCCCUGGACGUUCUAUGGCGGGAGAUCAACAACCCCAGCCACCUGAUACGACUACUAUGCCCACUCCAUCCAGAACCUGACGGCGACGGCGGAGUGAUAUGGAGCUUUGUCAAAGAGCACGGAGCUAUUCAGACUACUGACUGGGAGCGGCUACGCUCGUAUGCGAAGCGGGUCCGGAUUCUCGUGGUGCCUCGCAGGAUCCCAAUACUCGACGAUUCCGUUUUUACGGAAAUCCAGAGCGCAGGCUGUUUUCUACCUAAUCUCCAGCGACUCGAAUGGUAUACCAAUGCAUUAUACUACCCUCUUUUCACCGGCAAGAACGUCUUGCACCUCACAUUGCGUCUAGACCCGGAAGAUACACAUCAUAUGUCUCAAGUCAUCCUGGAUAUUCCCAAGUUCCUCCCGCUUCUUACGUCCUUGAUUCUGGAAUUACCAGACUACUACGCGUAUUUCGGCAUGGAUAUGUUGAAACGUUUCUUCUCCACCCUAGAAGACGUCCACAACGCCAUUGCUAUAUCUUUGACCAAGCUCCCCUCGCUGACGUACUUUUCGUUACCCAAAUUCUUCUGUACUCCGACAAUCCUUCAACAACUGGCGAUGCUCAAGAAACUGGUCUCGGUAGAAGUGUCCCUUCUAUCCUCGCCAUAUAAUUCAAUCUUCCCCGUUGACUUGGAAACACGCAGCUUCAUGUCCUUAACACGGCUCGCCUUUUCCAUGUCAUUUGAAAGGGCCAUGGAGUGCUUUUCUCAAACAAAUUACCCUCCGAACGUCAUCCGCCUCGAGCUCGCCUCCACUGCCUUCGAACCCGAGCAAGAUUAUUCAGGAAUCUUGGAGGUCCUUUCUGCGAGUUAUCCAGACCUCCAGGAACUCGUACUGGACAGCACAGUAUCACCUCCUGUGGACAUCGAGCUCGCGGUGCAGACUGAAAUAACAUUGCAUAGCCUUCAACCUGUACUGCGCUGGUCCGGUCUCAAGGUGUUGAAAUUGCGCCACUACUUCCCCUUUUCAUUAACGCAUGAUGAUAUCCUAGCAUUCGCCAAAGCGCUUCCCUCUAUCGAAAUUCUUCUGCUUAACCCAAGUCCAGGUGCCCUUCUACAACCUUCCUUCCCGAUAGGUACUCUUCUCGUAUUCGAAACCCAUUGCCCACGAUUACAGCACCUUGGACUCUACUUUGGCAUAGGGACUGAACAUAUACCCGUCGCAGUUGUCGAACGGUACCCCUCCUUGGAUAUAGGAUGUCUUUUCAACGACAUUUGCCCAAAGGCAUUGAUAUCGUACUCAAGUAACAGGACAGGGGAGUACUCUGUGCUCGGCGCGAGGAUAGCCAAGGAAUGGGCAGAGGAACUUGAGAAUAGAGAUAUUUGGAGACUUCCUGACAUAUACUCCGACGAACAGAUGAAGACGGCUAAUCUAGUACCUCCCCGCGAUCGGCGUGAUAUGCUGAAGGAGAAUUUUUACCAACAAGAGAAAGAGAAAUUGGUGCGCGAGAAGAAAGUAUUACGAGAAGAGGUAUAUCGGGAUGGCCUGGAAGCUAUGACCUUGGAUGUCAAAUCUUCGUCAAUCUAUGGUCCCCUGUCCGCCCCUAACGAAGACAACAACUUUCACAUUUUCUCGUCCACCGAGCAUGAAGUCUAUCUGCCCCAUGGACCGACGACGCUUAAGGCGGGCACAAGGCCGGAAUUAGUUCCUCGGUGGGACAUUACGACUGCAAGAAAUUACCAGCUCAAGAUUAAGAUGAAGAAUCGACACGAGAUAACCUUAAUCAAGUUGCAGGAGCACACUGCUGCUUCAUCGGAUCACUCACUCGGUCGUCUCUCGAGGAUUGAAGAAUCCAAUGAAGAGGAAGAGGAUACGGGAGAGAAUCAGGUCGCACGAAUGACUUAG